AUGUCGCAACCACUUGAAAUCCCAGUACCACGACACGACUUUUACCAGACUCCCGCGCAGGUGACCGUCUCCCUCUACAUCAAGGGCUACGCGGGCCUGGAUGUGCUCGUCAACUACCACACGAGCAGCGUGGAGGUUAUCCUUCCUCCUCGCGGCGAGGACCCCAGCCAGAGCUUUACGCUUACCCCUCUGGCGGGGCACAUUGCUCCAGGAGAGUGCACAGAGCGCGUGCUGGGAACAAAGAUCGAGCUCAAGCUCGCCAAAGACGAGCCGGUCAACUGGCCCACCCUUGUCGGCACGGGCGCACCCAUCACUCUCUCUGCCGUUCCCUUGACUUCGACACCCACCGCUGGCUCCUCGUCGUCCGCUCCUGCCGCCGCGCGUCCCGCAAAGAAGAACUGGGACAAGCUCGCUGCCGACCUUGAUGAUGACGACAGCGAGACUCCGGCCAAGGAUAGUGCCGACCCCAACGCUGGCGGUGAUGCCGCUCUCCAGAAGCUCUUUGCCGGAAUCUACGCCAACGCCGACGAGGACACGAAGCGUGCCAUGAUCAAGAGCUUUACCGAAAGUGGAGGUACCAGCCUCAGCACCGACUGGAGCAGUGUCGGCAGCAACACAACCCCCGUCCGCCCUCCUGAUGGCAUGUACGAGAUGAAGAUGUAG